AUGUCUAGCGAAGCUUUUAACUGGGCAUCUUAUGAGUCCAGUGAUCCUUGUCUGUGGGUUCAUCAGAAUGCUAUAGCAAAUUCGAGUACGUCUGCUUGGCCACAUGACAUCGACGCCUUUACAUCGGCUCGACUCGCGUCUUGUGUGCUAGCCCUUGAUCCUAUUCUUCUUUCACAUUUUGUUGAAGGUCGAAUACCCCAGGUUCAUCGAAAAGCCAGUAUGCAGAUGGAGCUGCGGGUCGGUGGACGAUUUAGACUUGGCAGAAAGAUUGGAAGUGGAUCUUUCGGUGACAUCUAUUUGGGAUUGAAUGUUCAAACGAACGAGGAAGUAGCUGUAAAACUUGAAUGUGUGAAAUCGAAACAUCCACAACUUCAUAUCGAAGGGCGACUAUAUCGAGUGAUGUCUGGCGGUGUUGGGAUUCCCGACGUAAAAUGGUGCGGUCUCGAAGGAGAGUACAAUGUGAUGGUGAUGGAGCUCCUUGGUCCUUCAUUAGAGGAUCUCUUCAAUUUUUGUCAAAGAAAAUUCUCAUUAAAGACUGUGCUACUUCUUGCCGAUCAGAUGAUUACACGAAUAGAAUAUAUCCAUGAGCGGGACUACAUCCACCGUGAUAUCAAACCAGACAAUUUUCUUAUGGGUCUUGGAAAGCGGGGAAAUUUAGUAUAUAUAAUUGAUUUCGGGUUGGCUAAAAAGUACCGUGAUUCGCGGUCUCAGCACAUUCCUUAUAGGGAGAACAAGAAUCUCACAGGCACCGCUCGUUAUGCAAGUGUUAACACUCAUCGCGGGAUAGAACAAUCACGUCGCGAUGACAUUGAAUCUUUGGGAUACGUCUUGAUGUAUUUCAAUCGUGGAACUCUUCCAUGGCAGGGCUUGAAAGCGGCUACGAAACGUCAAAAAUAUGACAAGAUUUCAGAAAAGAAAAUUUCGACAUCCGUUGAGGAAUUGUGUGCUUCCUACCCUGAAGCUUUUGCCACCUACUUACGGUAUAGUCGUACUCUUGGCUUUGAAGACACACCCGAUUAUGGGCAUCUUCGACAGCUUUUUCGGAACCUCUUCCAUCGACAAGGACUCCGCUACGACUAUCUUUUUGACUGGAAUCUGCUGAAAUGUGGCCUUUGCGGAUCUUUGCUGAAUAUCUGUCUUGUAGCUGGCGUUGUUCUUUGGCACACAGCACAGAACGGCGAAGCGCCUUCAACAUUCAGCUGCUCCAACAAUGGGAAGGACGGAGUGAAGAAAAUUUGUUCAGCAGUGCGGAAUGCUCACACAUCAAUGAACAGCGGGAAUGCAACUAAUGCAGUGGUAGAGCCAAGGGCAGUAAAUCGAUGA